CUGAAUUUCUUCUUUUUUUCUUGACGAACAUAUGUCAAAUUGAAUAAACCUAAAAUCAAACUUUUUAAUUUUGCUCUUAUCAAAUAUCUAAUCAACGUAAUAUUGUUUUUUAUGUGUGUUUGUGCACUUACGUAUGUUUUCCUUUGUUUUCAGGAUAAAUCGGUGGUACUUUAAAUAGCAUAUGGACAUUAUCGUCAUCGGAUAUACUCAAUGUGAUAACGAAUGGAAUAUCUUGUGCAGUGUAUGGUUUGAUAAUAGUACGAUUGGUGUGUAUAUUUUAACAUGAAUCAAGGCAAUUAAGUCGUACAUAAAAUUAUUUGGUCAAAGUAAUACAUAAUUAUAAUUUAUAUAAAAAUACCAGUAUGUUUAAUGUUAAGUAUUGAAAAGAAGAUUUUAAAUACUGCAAAGAAGAUAUUAAAUUUAUUGGAUAAACUGGAUGCAAAGCUUAACGUAUACAAAUUAUAUUAUGUAUCUUUCAAUUAUUUAUGGGGUAACAUAAAAGUGACAAGGAAAAAUAAGAAGUUCAGUAGUUAGUACACUGCAAGAUUAUACCAGAUUUAAAGAAAUGUCUAGGUCAAGUAUUAAAUAUCAAAUAGUUAAGAAGGAUGAUACUUUAUAUUAUUUGUCCUCUAAAAAUACACAAGAUUAUCAAAAUAUACCGAAAAAGGAACCUUGUAUAGGUGCCGUACAAACAAUUUUAAUAAUUUCUAUUUAUUUUGUUUUAUCUAUAGGACUUACUUUUUAUCAGAAAUGGCUUUUCAAAACAUAUGGUUUCAAUUUUCCUCUUGGAGCGGUAACCUGUCAUUUAAUUGUAAAAUUUGCAUUGUCUGCAUUAAUACGUUGCAUUAGAUUAUGUUACAAAGGACCACAAUAUCAUGUCAAACUUACUUGGCAAAGUAUAAUAUGUUCACUAGCACCUCCAGGCAUAGCUAGCGGAUUUGAUGUCGCUCUAUCAAAUUGGUCAAUUGCAUUAAUUACGAUAUCUCUAUAUACUAUGACAAAAUCCAGUACCAUAGUUUUUAUUCUUGGAUUUUCUCUUAUAUUUAAACUUGAAAAAAAGUCAUGGUCUUUAAUAGCCAUAGUAGCAACAAUAUCAGGGGGCUUAUUCAUGUUCACUUAUAAAUCCACUCAGUUUCAUGUGCUUGGGUUUAUAUUAUGUCUUUUGGCAUCAUUCUCAAGUGGUCUCAGAUGGACUAUGGCUCAAGUCAUAAUGCAAAAAUCUAAAUUGGGUCUUCAAAAUCCAAUAGAUAUGAUUUAUUAUAUGCAACCAUGGAUGUUGCUACCUGUAAUACCUAUUACAUUAUGGUUUGAGGGUCCAGAAAUGUAUAAUAAUCUUAAGAGUAUUAAUUGGAACAAUUCUGAACCAAUUAUGUUAACUGUAGCUGCAGUCAAUUCUGGAGCAAUUUUAGCAUUUGUUAUGGAAAUAACAGAAUUUUUAGUUGUCACAUACACCUCUAGUCUAACGCUUUCUGUUACAGGAAUAUUUAAGGAAAUAUGCAUAUUGAUAUUAGCUUUCGAAUGGAAAGGUGAUCAUAUAAGUGGCCUAAAUUUUGUAGGUCUGUUAUUGUGCCUCGGCGGAAUUAUACUUCACGUUAUUCAAAAAGUAUUACUUAAUAGAAGUAAGGUGAUUGAAAGUUUAGAACUAAGUGAUAAUUCAUUACCAAGUAACAGCUCUAAAAAGGAAGAUGGAAUUGAUGCGAAUUUACCCUUAUUAACACAAAAAUCUAGUUCCUUAAUUAAUUUAUUAACUACAGAUUUUACUUCGGACGAGGAAGACGAUAUUAAAAUGAAAGAAAAUUCUUCUCAAGUAUUAUCAAAUAUUUUACAACGCAGGGAAUGAAUGUAAAUAAAAAAAAAAUCAUAUUUAUUUUUCUUCUUCCAUGGAAUUAAGUAAUUAGCAAUUGAUAUACCAAAUUUUCCACAUGCAAGAAAAAGCAGAAUCGACGCAUAUUUCGUAAUUAUUAUAUAUAUAUAAAAAAAAAAAAA